AUGUCCGCGCACCAGCAGGAGAACGAGCGGCAGCCGCUGCUUCAACGCGGCUCCGUCGACGCCGGAGAGGGCGGUGACAGCCGAGAAAUUCUUGCAUUCAACGAAGAAGACUCUGGAAAUCCCCGGAUAUGGAGCAGAAGAACCAAGAUGUUGAACGUGGCUGUUAUUGCUUCGAUGGCACUCCUGAGCCCUCUCGCCUCGAGCAUGUUCACACCCGGAAUCGACCAGAUAGCCGAUGGCUUGGACACCACUACGGGUGCUGUCAUAGCAUGUACGACAGGCUUCUUGAUCAUGCUCGGAAUUGGACCGCUCAUAAUAGCACCUCUAUCUGAGACUUUCGGCAGGAGAGUGAUGUAUCUGACAUGCUUUGGUCUGUUCUCUCUUCUCCAGAUUCCCUGCGCCGUUAGCCCAAACAUAGAGACCUUGAUAGCAAUGCGAACUCUUGCUGGAUUCUUUGGUUCCGUGGGAAUAGCAAACGGCGGAGGUUCCCUCAGCGAUAUGUUCGAGCCCGGUGAGCGUGCAGGUGUCUUCGGAUAUUACCUGCUGGGUCCCUUGCUGGGACCAACUCUUGGUCCACUGGUCGGCGGUGUGGUGGUUGAGCGAUUAGCCUGGCGCUGGAUCUUCUGGGUCCUCACAAUCAUCUGCACACUGACCACUCUGGGCGCCUUCUUCUUGCUGAAGGAAACCUACGCGCCCGUCUUACUAGCCCGUCGAAAAGCGGAAUUAGAAAAAGAACAGAAUGCCCCUAACAAAUACCGCUUCGUAGGCGAGGAUUACCGUCCACUAUACAUCAAAUUGAGAUACUCACUCACCCGACCCCUUCGAAUCCUCGUCCAGCCAAUCGUCCUAACAAUGUCCACAUACCAAGCAAUCCUCUUCGCAACAACCUACAGCAUUUACACGAACAUGCAACCAAUCUACCAAGGUGAAUACGGCUUCAACACGGAACAAGUCGGCCUCCUCUACCUCGGACCCGGCCUAGGUUUCAUCUUUUGCGUAUGGUUCAUCGUUCCCAGAAUCGAUACCGUAUACAACACCCUGUCCGCGCGGAACGAAGGGAAAGGUCGUCCAGAAUAUCGUCUUCCCCUGGCGAAUAUCGGUUCGGUCUUUGUGCCCAUCAGUUUGUUUUGGUUUGCUUGGACGGUGGAGUAUCGUGCUGCGUGGUGGGUUUCGAUUGCUUCGACUUUCUUCUACGGCAUAGGACAAGUCAUCAUUCUUAACACGACUACUAAUUACUACAUCGACUGCUUUGAAGAAUAUGCCGCUUCUGCAAUCGCUGCGGGCGCAGUCUUGAGGAGUCUUGUCGGCGGUAUAGUGCCUUUGUUCGCACCUGGGCUUUUCGAAAAGCUGGGAUAUGGAUGGGGCAUCAGCGUCUUUGGAUUUCUGGCGCUCGCAAUUGCACCCGCUCCCCUGAUCUUCUAUAGAUAUGGCGCCGCGAUACGUGAACGGUUUGCCAUCGAGCUGUGA